AUGGCGGUUGCUCCAGAUCUUCACCUGCAUUAUAUGGAGGCCUGUCAAAAUUUGAGCCAGCCUGAAAACCCCUUCAUUGCUCGUGUGCUUCAAGAAGCUGAUAAAAAUGAUGAAAUAAGUACAAAAGGAAUCACAUUAAAAUUAGCUGGAAAUAAUCAUCUGGUGCCUGUGCCAAGAGUUACAGAUAAUGAUCUUGCAGUUCUUGUCUCUGUCCUAGGCCAAGCUCCCUUUGUCACAGGUUUGGAUCUUGCCUAUAAUUUAUUGACUGAUGUUGGAGCAGAGAUCAUGGCAAUAUUCCUCCAGGAAAACACCACUCUGCAGUAUCUGAACCUGAUGUUCAAUGACAUUGGCACAAGUGGGGCAGAGCUGAUAGCAGGAGCACUCCAUAACAAUCAAAGUCUUGUGCACCUGAGAAUGACAGGAAACAAAAUAGGAAACCAAGGUGGGAUGUUUUUUGCUUCAAUGCUAGAAAUUAACUCAACCUUAAAAAAGUUGGAUAUUGGAGACUGUGAUGUGGGCCUGCGGUGUCUGAUAGCAACAGCCAUAGCCCUGACUCAGAACAAAUCACUCAAAGCCAUAAACCUCAAUCGUCCUUUGCUGUCCACCCAACAGGAAGAGACCACAGUUCAUAUAGCUCUGAUGCUGAGGAGUAAUUCUUCUCUUGUGGAACUACAUUUGGGCAAGCAUGAAAUGAAAAACUUUGGUGUGGAGCGACUGUGUGAUGCCCUGUAUGAAAACUCCACCCUGAGAUACCUUGACCUUAGCUGUAAUAACAUCAUCUGUGAUGGUGCUAAAUUUUUGGGAGAGCUACUAAAAAAGAACCAUACCCUGGAGAUCCUGGAUCUUGAUGCAAACCGAAUAGAGGAUGCUGGAAUCAUUUACCUGAGUGAGACCUUGGCCAUGCGGAACAGGACUCUGAAGGCGUUGUCCGUUGUAAGCAACAAUAUAACUGGCAGAGGACUUGUAGCUCUUGCACAGGCAAUGCAUUCCAACAUGACACUUUCCCAUAUUUACAUCUGGGGGAACAAAAUUGACAGAAGCACCUGUGCAGCAUUCGCGGAGCUGCUGGCGGUGGAGCGCCUGCACCCGGACUGCACGGACGUGGCUCCCUACAAGGUGGACGGGGAGAUUUUCCUGGCAGAGCUGUCCCACGGGCUGGCCAAGCACCGCUACUGGAGCCCGCGCUGCGCCGCCGUGGCCCCCGGCGCCGCCAACGCCAGCCUGGAAAUCGUCCCUGUCUCGGAGUAUUUGAAGGAUGCAGCAACAAGAACUAAAGUUGGGGAUACACCAAACAUGGUGGUUUGA